CCCUCGCCUCUCCCCCUCCCUCCCUGCCCAGCCUGCAGCCCGGCUCGGCGCUCAGUCAGUCUCAGGCUGGCAGGCCCGGGGGGCUGGUGCUGGUGGUUCAGGCUCCCUCCUGAGUAGGCCGAGGCCCGAGGCUCGGGGGCCCCCCAGCCCCUCCCUCCCAGCCCCCCAGCGUCACCCCCCCAGCCCCGAGCUGGACCGGCCACCUUGGGACACGGUGUUCCACUUCCUGAGGACCAGCCCCCGUCUGGACGAGCGGGCGGAGGAGGUGGGCGCAGGACCCUUGGCCCGGACGGCGGCGGCGGCGGCGGCGGGCCCCGGGCAGGCGGCCGAGGGCGCCAUGGCCGAGGAGCAGGACCUGUCGGAGGUGGAGCUGAGCCCCGUGGGCUCCGAGGAGCCGCGCGGCCUGUCCCCGGGGGGCGCGUCCUCGCUGGGCCCCGACGGCGGCGGCGGCGGCGGCGGCGCGGGCCUGCGCGCCAGCCCGGGCCCCGGCGAGCUGGGCAAGGUCAAGAAGGAGCAGCAGGAUGGCGAGGCGGACGACGACAAGUUCCCCGUGUGCAUCCGCGAGGCGGUCAGCCAGGUGCUGAGCGGCUACGACUGGACGCUGGUGCCCAUGCCCGUGCGCGUCAACGGCGCCAGCAAGAGCAAGCCGCACGUCAAGCGGCCCAUGAACGCCUUCAUGGUGUGGGCGCAGGCGGCGCGCCGCAAGCUGGCCGACCAGUACCCGCACCUGCACAACGCCGAGCUCAGCAAGACGCUGGGCAAGCUCUGGAGGCUGCUGAACGAGAGCGACAAGCGGCCGUUCAUCGAGGAGGCCGAGCGCCUGCGCAUGCAGCACAAGAAGGACCACCCCGACUACAAGUACCAGCCGAGGCGCCGCAAGAAUGGGAAGGCGGCCCAGGGCGAGGCCGAGUGUGCGGGAGCCGACGCAGACCCGGGCGGCACGGCCGCCAUCCAGGCGCACUACAAGAGCGGCCACCUGGACGCUCGGCACCCCGGGGAGGGCUCCCCGAUGUCGGAUGGGAACCCCGAGCACCCCUCAGGCCAGAGCCACGGCCCCCCCACCCCUCCGACCACCCCCAAGACAGAGCUGCAGCCGGGCCGGGACGCCAAGCGGGACGGGCGCUCGCUGGGGGAGGGCGGGAAGCCGCACAUCGACUUCGGCAACGUGGACAUCGGCGAGAUCAGCCACGAGGUCAUGUCCAACAUGGAGACCUUCGACGUGGCCGAGUUGGACCAGUACCUGCCGCCCAACGGGCACCCAGGCCACGUGGGCAGCUACUCGGCCGGCUACGGGCUGGGCAGCGCCCUGGCGGUGGCCAGCGGACACUCGGCCUGGGUCUCCAAGCCGCCCGGCGUGGCCCUGCCGGCCGUGUCGCCGCCCGGCGUGGACGCCAAGGCCCAGGUGAAGACGGAGGCGGCGGGGCCGCAGGCCCACUUCGAGCAGCCGUCCACCUCGCAGCUGGCCUACACCUCGCUCAGCCUCCCGCACUACGGCUCCGCCUUCCCGUCCAUCUCCCGCCCGCAGUUCGACUACGCCGACCACCAGCCCUCGGGACCCUACUACGGCCACUCGGGCCAGGCUCCCGGCCUCUACUCGGCCUUCUCCUACAUGGGGCCGUCGCAGCGGCCCCUCUACACGGCCAUCUCCGACCCCAGCCCCUCGGGGCCACAGUCCCACAGCCCCACACACUGGGAGCAGCCGGUGUACACGACGCUGUCCCGGCCCUGAGGGGCCCCGCGCCCUCCGGGUAGCGCCCCCUCCCCAGAGCACCCGCCCCCCGCCCACCUCCGGCCCGGUGGCAGCCGCGGAGGGAGGCAGAGCUUGGCGGGGCCGGCUCGGCUGGGGGGGGGGCUUGUCUGCCCGCCCCCCCUGCGCAGGGGAGGGGGAGGGGCGCAGGGCCCCCAGGAAUGACCCCUUAGCCCCGGACCCCAGAAGGGCCCACCCUCCUGGGGGCAGGCUGGCGAGUGAGGGGGCUCCCACACCGACUGGCCGGGGCCCUGCCUCUGCGGGGUUCGAGAGGGCCCCCCCACCCCGAGGCAGGCGGGCAGGUCCCACGCUGAGCCGAUGGCCUCGUCCAAGGAAGGGCCCCCACGGCCCCACCCUCUCGCCCUCGCCGAGGCGGGGGCAGGCGCUCUGGGCUGGGACAGACGGUUCAGCGCCUCCCUCCGGCCCCCCGGCCCCCCCUUGCGGCCCUCAUUCCUGCCGGGGUGGGGCCACCCCCGGCUUGUGGGCGCACACUGACCCCCACCCUGGACCCGCCGAGCCUUUGCCCGCCCCGCCCCGAAUAAAGUAUGUAGCCUCGUGCCCCGCCCCCACGCGCCCCCAUGUAACGCUCCCCGCUCUGUCUUAUUUAUCUGUAGCUCCGGCCCGCCUGGGCCUCCCCCCUGUUAACUGCAGUAAGCAACCCCCGUAAUAAAGCGAGAGGCUGCGGCCUCCUGGCCUGUC